GAUGGAAGUGAGGGAGAGGCUAAAAACGGUGACUAGUAGUUUCAGAGAGCUAACGUUAGCUACCUGUGCUUCGAAGACAUUCGUCGUCUAAGGAAGUUAUAAAAUACGACUAAUUGACUUCAAGCUGAAAUCACUCGCUACCUACUGUCUUCUACUUUAUAAAUAACAUCCCUGUCUCAAGACCUGUCAACACCUACAUCGAGCAUCAACUCGCUACAUCUCUCCUGGGUGCAGUCCGGCCAAGAAAAUAAUGUCCCACAGUUGAAGAUGGGCGGGAGUGGCUCCAAAACCAAAGGUUAUUGGCCUUUUGCAGGUUCAGGCAGUGGUGAUGGUGAUCCAACCAAAGAGGGAGUCGACGAACAGUCGCUGGCAAGACUCCGAAGUUUCCGAAAUGGGACGCCCUUCGUGUUUACCAGAUGGAGCUCCCUGUACUUUGACGAGGAUGGAGACCUGGCCCACGAGUUCUACGAGGAGACAGUUGUGAUGAAGAAUGGCCGUAAGAGGGCCAAACUGAAGAAGAUCCAGAAAAACCUCAUACCUCAGGGAACCGUAAAGCUGGAUCACCCCUGCAUCCAUGUGGAUUUCCCAGUCGUUCUCUGUGAGGUUUGAGGAAGCCUGGUUCCAUGUUCUGAGACCGGACUCAGACUAGCCACUGUCAACUCGGUCCCUUUGUUUCUCCCUCCACCUAUACUUUACCCUGAAGCCCUCCACCUACCCUCCUCUAAUCCGCCAUGGUGUCCCCGUGAUGAUGUUUGGCCGGGGCGCCCUGACCUGUGAGGACAGAUGUGCUGUUGCUCAACGCGUGUUGAGACUGCAUGACAUGCGGCUCUGUAAGGUGUGGCCCGUGUGCAAUCGCACUACACACAGUAGUGAGUGGUCACUCACGGAGUCCCAUCAGUGAUGUCAGAGAAGAUGGAUGAUGAUGAAGACAUCAUUCUGCUCGCGUUACCCUCAUCCUAUUCAAUAUAUACAAUGCAGGUCCUGUGUGUGUAUUAGUGGGUAUGAAAUGUGACAAUGUGUCUCCUUGUCUGCCUGUCUCGCAUUAGUGUGCUCUGGUAGGAUGAUCCACUGUACUUUGUAAGGAGAAUGUAAGAGGCCAAUUGACCCAUGGGCUGUUAAGUAGAGUAGUGUCUUUCAGAAUAGGCCGAGGUCCGAUAUCUUUAAAUCCCUGGCCUAGAGGGAAUUUGCCAUCUGUACGGCGCAGCGAGGGGAACAGGUAUUAAGGGGUGAGAUUUUCCUUUACCUGUUCAGUCUUCAGAGCAUCCAAAGUAGAGUUGCAAAAUUCCAGCAACUUUCAAUACAUUUCCUGGUUUUCCAGAAAUCCCUGUUGGAAGAUUCCCCGAAUGGGCAGGAAAUCCAUAAUCCCCCAACCAGGACUUCUCGAAAACCAGGGAAUUUAUUGAAAGUUCCUGGAAUUUAACUACUUUGGAUGGGGUAAUGUCAGGCUUAACCCAUUAGGGCAAAAUCCUGAGGUCAGGUAUAGGAACAUUUUAAUGGACAUUUUUACGUCUAGUCCUCGGGGGGGCAAGUGGGGUUUUGCAUUUUUUGCCCCAUCGUUAGCAAACACUGCUGAUUUAAACAUUCUAAACUGAAGAUCAUAAUUAGUUGAUUAUUGGAGUCUGGUGUGUUAGCUGGGAAUAAGGUGUGACAUGAUCGGAGCUGAUUUUAAUGUGAUGUUUAAUUGACUGGCUGUGGAGGUCAAUCCUAAUCAUGAAUCGUCUGAGUCGGUGCUGAUCUAGGAUCAGUGUUAACCCUUUGAGAUUAUAGUCAAGCCAACGCCGAGCCGCUUUUUAAAUAUGGGUCCAAGCAUUGACUUGAGACUGGGAAAGUCCUGUUCCUCCGCUGCUUUGGGCGAUACAUUUAAUUGUUAAUUUAUUAUGUUAUACAAUGGCUUUGUUUAAAAAAAAAAAAAAAAAAAUCACAACUCAAAAUGUCUGUCCCUUUUUAUUUCUUCCAUGCACCAUUACACAAAGACUGCGUUUACACAGGCAGCCCAAUUCUGAUCUUUUUUAUUUUAUUUUUUUACCGUUCAGAUCAGCUUUUUUGCCAAUAAUUGGGCAAAAGAUUAGAAUUGGUCUGCCAGUGUAAACACAGCCAAACCCAUGUUUUCCUAAUAUCAACUAUGGAACUUCUGUGUCCUCUGCCCCUGACUUGUAUAAAAGCCGAUUUAUGGUCAUUCUGGAGUCUGUUUGCCGUACAGCAUUUACUGCGAUGCGGGCCUCUGCAGAAGUCAGGGCGUUCAUGCUUCACAGAGCUGUUGUCAAGGAAGUGAGUUUGUGUUUAUGCAGGACAUACUGUCCCUACCUACAGUCAACCAAUCAUGCCAAUGUGGAGUGAAACGCAGCCCGCAGCAUUGUUACAUUUGUGAGGCUCAGGACGAUGCGGUACGAAACUAGAUUUGACCUUUGGAAGCUCCACAGUUGCUUCACACUCUCCAUACGGAGCAUCCAGACGCAGUUUUGGAGUCCCUGGAUAUAGUCCUUAGUCGUGGUAUACUGGCCAUAUACCACAAAUCCCAGAGGUGCCUUAUUGCUAUUAUUAACCGGUUACCAACAUAAUUGGAACAGUCAGUAAUUUUGCAUCAUUCCUUUCAGCCAAUCAGCAUCCAGGACCCAAGCUACCCAGUUUAUAAGUAAUUUGAUUCUGCAGAACCUUUGAUAUUUGCCCUUUAACCUCCAGUAGUAGUGAUUGGCUCAAGCCCCCCUUUACCCCCCUUUAUCUCUGCCAGCCUGAUUUUAUAGACUAGACGUAACACUGUAAACUUAAAUCCAGGAUAUGUUACAUUUGGUAUGGUUACAUAAGAUAGAUGAUUACUCAAGGCAUAAAUGAAAGUAGGAGUAGAUGGGUGGGCGUCUAGGGCAAACGACUAGCAACCCAAUGGUUGCGAGUUCAAAUCUCAUGGACAACUUUAGAAUUUUAGCUAAUUAGCAACUUUUCAACUAUUUACUACUUUGCAUCUUCUUAGCAUGUUAGCUAACCCUUCCCCUAAACGUAAUCCUUUAACCUAACUCCUAGCCUAGCUAAUGUUUGCCACCUAGCUAGAAUUCAAAACAUAUAAGUUUGGAUUUACGUACAGAAUAAUGUGAAAUGCUAUGAGACCAGGUAAACUCAUGUCCAACAACACCAUUGUUCUGGCCAACCAAUGAGAGCAUUGCUCUAAGGGACCUUUCCAGAUGUUAGACAGAUGAUUGUAUUAUGAGCCAUUAUCUGCCAGUUGUAUUGAAGUGUAGGAAGCUCGCCUUAUCUAACGGGUAUACACUUCCAGACCUUUCCCUGAAAGAUCAACAUUGGGCCAGAGCAUGUUCAUGUUCACCAAGGCACAUUCUAUUGAAUUACCAUGUCCACAGACACACCUCUCGAGCCUACCUCACAGGGGGACGUUAAUUGGAUUUCACAGCCCCCAUUGGCCACUCUCCCACACACUGGUCCCCUGCAGUCUCAUUUCCUUGAGUUAAUCCCUGUUCUGAAGACAGGCACUGAGCUCCCCGGAGACAGCAAGAUGGGUUUUAAUUGGGUAAGGGGUGGGAGUUUCAAAUCUAAUAAUUUAUGCCAUAUGGGCCCAUGUAUGCCUGUUUUAUAUGCUUUCGUCUGAUAAAUUGCUACUUGUAUCCUCAGUUAACUCAGCUCAAUGGAAGUGGUCAAAUCUAGCUGAACAUCAGCAGAGCCUUCUAAUACCGUAUGUCUCUAUGUAAACAGAAGGCUCUGGACAUGACUGUGCUUGGGUUCUGGGCACAGAUGACUCCUGCAGUGUCAAGCCAUAAUAUGAAAUGCGCUGUUAGGGAAGUGAUUGGGCUUAUUUGACAUUGCAGCUGACAUGGUGUAUCUUCAAUAAAUGAAGACUGACUGACUGAUCUACAAAUAAUAUUGAAUAGGAUGCAAGGUGAUUUGCAGAUCAGUCAGUCGGCGGUCGCCUGCAAUGUUUACCAAGUCCUUUAACUUUAGUUUGACAACCAGGGUGGUAGGGUGCAUGGGAGGGGAGGGGAGGUUGGAGUUCAUCAAUCAAUGUGAGGGUGUGUUUUUACACAUUCUACAUACCUUCUCAAGUGGUCCUUCCACAAUGUCAGUGUGUUUGAUAUUCCAGGUAAGGGGGUCUACCUGUGUGUGUAUGUGCUGCAUAUAGCAUGCCAUUCUCUGUUGUAAAUGGUGUCUGAUUGCUAGCAGAUGACACCACAGUAAUUACACUGACUUCAUUAAAUUCCAGAGCAGUAGCUAGAUGCCACAGAGGCUGCUGCUGCAGUUUCUCUCCCACUGAUCAGAGCAUAUGCAGUCUGGAAUGCACAACUUGAAAAGUUGUCACUGUCAUUCACUAUAUUGUGUCUAGGUUGCAUAGAUAGAAUCCGUUUCACUAAGAUCACUAAUGGCUCUGACCUGAACCCUUAUUUUACUCCAGGGGUAAGCAUUAGAUCUGUCCGACAGGCUUCGGAGACAUUGUUUUGCAUUUCACAUUAUGGAACUAUUGAAGGCUUUGAAUCGGUAACGUGUUUACACAAGAUGGUUUUGUCUGAGUGUUCUCUUGACCCUGGCACAGUUGGCAGCUGAAGAUUGUGCCCAGGCAGUACCAGUACUGUAUGUUCAGCAGCAGUGUGUGGCAUCAUGUCCUUGGCCCUGGUGUCACACCAAUGGGUACUGUGCGGUUGUCAGUAUCACGCUGUCACAGCAGCCACAACCCACUAAUGUUCCUGUUGUUUUGGGAGGCCUCAUCAUGUCCUGUGCCGAUGUGCUGAGAGGGAUAAAUGCAACCUGGGGAGGAUGUCACUGAUGUCCAAAUGGUGGAAUAAGUGACCCCAACUACUGCACAGGAAACAGCGAAGGGCAACUCUCACCAGGUGUGUGGUAUGAAUGUGAAUGUAUUCGUGGGGCUACCUUUCACUCACACACCUUUCACCUAUUUAUUUGUGAUGAAAAUUGUAUGUUUGUGCUUUUCUAAUAACAAAUUUCUGUGUUCAUGCAAGUGACUGAUUAAAUGUGCCUGGGAGGAAUCCUCACUAUCAGUAUCUGCAAUUUGGCAGUAUGCCCAGAACCUUGUUUUGAGAACGAAAGGGAUAUCUCAGUUUCAAGGUCUCAGCUUGGAGAGAAGAAUCCUCGUGAGGUAUUGGUCGGUCACAUGCAUGAACCAAAUGUUAAUGAUGAAUUAAAUAUGAAUAAUGAAUAAGCAGUAUAUAGGAGAACUAACGGGACUGCCCCGGUGGAGCUUACUUCAGACCGGUACUAUAUGCAUCUAAGUUUGACUGUGACCUCUCCAGCUUGCUGUCAAUAAAUAAUGAUUCAUUUAA